CGGUCGGGGGGACGUCUAAGUGGCGAGGAGCGGAACCGUCACUUGGUUGUGCGUCUGUCACCAUGGUAGACACGCGUACAGGAACGAGCACCUCCCCUUAUACAGCAGAGCGGGAUGCAAAGCCCGCCGCCAUCCUGAAAGAGAGAAGAGAGCAGAAGGAGGCCAAGAAGAAGGCCUUGAUAGAAGAACAGGCGGCAAAGUUGAAGAAGAUUGAGGAGGAGAUAGCCAAAGAAAAAGUGAGGUUAAAGAAAGAAGAAGAAGAGAAGCUCAAGGCAGUAGAAGAGGAGGAAGAGGUAGAAGAACCGCCACUGGAAAGGCGAAGGACAGGAGGACGAGGAGAAUCCAGUGGAACAAAGGAAGAUCAGAUGGAGGAGAAGAUUACGGAGUGGGUUGUUGGUUUAUCCCUGGGAGAAGAAGAGGAGGCUGACGAGGGAGAAGAAAAGGAGAAUGGAGGCGGCGAGCCAGGCCGCGAAAGAGUUGGAGGUAAAGAAGCAAAGAGCGCAGAUGGCGACGCAGGUGGACCUACUGGGGAAGAUGGGGAUCAUGGCGAGAAACAAAGAGCAAACUUCGCAAGGGAAUUAGCGACGCACGUGGGCUCAAAGGUGAAGGCCUGCCUAGAGGGCACAAAGCAUUAUUGCACGAGCGCCAUAGAAGGCGCCAAACUGACUGCUCCCAAGGAGGAGGAAGCACGUCCCCAAAGGAAGCCUGUGAAGGUCAAGUUCCCUGACUCCUAUAGCAGGAAGAAAGAGGAGAAUUUUGACAAUUGGGAAGCCAAUGUCAAAACAUACGUACAUCUGCAGACGGUCUCCCCGGUCGAGCAUGUCCUUAUAGUCGUCCAUGCCCUCCGAGUCGAAGCAGCAAACUUUGCUCGUUCCUUGUGUCGCGCCACCAACUGUAAUGAUGAUUUAGUCGCUUAUUCUGCGUUCACUCCCCUCACUGACUUCCUUAAGUUAUUGCCCGGACGAUUCGCAGAUGUCUCACACAGUGUCAAAGCCUCCGAUAGAUUGCAAACCAUCCACUCUCGUCAGUCGAAGAGUGCUAGAGCACUCAAGGGUGUGACGGACGAGCUAGUCGUCCUCCCGGACCAUGGGGUCACUGAGACCCAACUGGUCAACCUCUUUUAUCGUGCAAUGCCCGAACAGCUGCGCGGGCAUUUCUUUGAGAAGCAUCGGCAGCCUACCAUGACCUACGACGCUUUGAGCAGGGAAGUGGUAGCCUUUGAAGCGUGGUCCAUGUCAAUCUCCACUUUUUGGCAUAAGGACCUAGACAAGGGCGGUCGCACCAUCUCAGGACAGCUCAAGACCAAGGAUCGUUUGAUCCUUACUUUAGAUGAGGGUGGUGUAGAAGAAGUCCCCUACGAGCAGAUUGAGUGGGGCUUGAGGAAGAGGACAGUGACGUUAGUCGGGGGAGGACCUACACUGUUGUCGCAGCUGGAGGGAGGCCGCAAGGAGGAGGUAAAGGCCAGGGCCAAGGGGGCCGGGCCUCAGGGGGGCGUUCCCAGAGCGAUCAGGGGGUUGGCGGUAGAGGAGGAAAACUGCCAAGUGGGAGGAAGGGGUCAAGAAGAUAGUAAGAUCGUAGUGAUUAGAGAUUCGGCUACACCCCUCACGUUGACAGAGUUGCGGUCGUUCUUACACCUAGCUAACUAUUAUAGGAAGUUUAUGAGAAACUUCUCCACCAUCACUGCACCCCUUCGCAGAUUGUUGAAGAAAGAAACAAUCUGGAGAUGGGACAAGGACUGCACGUCUGCUAUGAAGAAGUUGAAGCAGGCGUUGAUAGAGUACCCGGUCCUUAAGGUAGCCGAUCCAUCCUCACCUUUCGUUGUCACCACUGAUGCGAGCCAGUAUGGUAUAGGUGUUGUAUUACAGCAAGACGAUGGCAACGGAUAUAGACCCGUAGAGUUCAUGUCUGCUAGGAUGCCUUUAGAGAAGGUAGUGACAUCUACCUACGAGAGGGAACUCUACAGUCUCAGGCAAGCAUUAGAACACUGGAAGCACUACUUGCUUGGGAUGCACUUCAAUGUCUACUCUGACCACGAGACAUUAAGGUGGCUGAAGACGCAGGCCAAGAUGACACCUAAGCUUACUAGGUGGGCCGCAGAGUUAGACCAAUAUGACUUUGAGCUUAAGCCAGUCAAAGGGAAGUACAAUGUAGUUGCGGACGCUCUAAGUAGUUAGACCAAUAUGACUUUGAGCUUAAGCCAGUCAAAGGGAAGUAUAAUGUAGUUGCGGACGCUCUAAGUAGGAGAGCUGACUACUUUGGACCAAUAGUUCAUUAUUUGGAUAUAGGGAGAGACCAGCAGCAGAAAGUUAGAGAGGCAUAUGCGCAGGACCCUAUCUAUGGUGACCUCCUCAAGAGAGUAAAGGAGGCCCCAGAGU